CCUGUAGAGGCGCUGUGUCGUGUAAACCCUUGCGGUGAUGCAAAUCCUAGUUAUGAAAGACCCGCUCAGUGGAGUGCAGAGAACUCGAUUGAGGACCGUUGAAGGUUCAAAAUGGUGCUGGGGCGGAUCUUUCAUGCCUUGAUAAAUAACACUCAGGUGGUGGAGAAGCUCGCGGAGUCUCGAGCCAUGAGACGCGCAGCGCAGAUCACGGCCUUCGCCAUCACUAAAGCUCAGAUCGCCGGGAAAAACGCCUCGAAUAAGCUGCUCACAUCCCACACCUUUCGCCAGAUACGCGAGGAGACCUCACAGAUGCCCAGGGGAGUGGGAGAUUUAGGUCGAAGAGCUUCAAGGCUGCGGGACACGUUUGUGAAGGAGGUGAAAGAGGGAAUAAAGGACGCUAAUCGACAGAUAAAAGACAAAAAGUGACUGAU